AUGGAUAAAUUUUCACGAACAACAUUUUCAAUAAAUUUUAAUGAAUCAUUUAAUUCAUCUGAUCCUAUUUUAAAUCCAACAACACCAUCAACAUUUGAAGUUAUAGGAAAUGAAAUAAUUGAUUAUUUUGAAACACAUCGUGAACAAAUUCCAUUAUUAGUUAUUGUUUAUUUAUUAACAAUAAUAUGGAUACUUUAUCUUAUAUUAUAUCAUUCACGUAUUCAAGGUAUUAUAUUAUCAUAUAUAUUAAGACGAUUUAUUUUUAAAGAUUCAACAGAAAUUAAAUUUGAUUCAUUUUCAAUAUCAUUUAUAUCUGGUGCAAUUAUGUUUAGAAAUUUACAUUAUACAACAGGAAGUUAUUUUGUUUUUGUUAAAGAUGGUUGUUUAGUUUUUCGUUAUUGGUCAAAAACAAAGACAAAACCAAUAAUACGUUUAAAAAUUAAAUUAUAUCAUCUUGAUAUACAAUUUUUUAGUCCAAUACGUUCAAGUACAUUAUCAGAUAGUAAUAACAAUAAUAAUCUAGCAGAUGAUUUACAAAGAGGAUCAAUAAAUGGAAUUUCAACGAAAGGUGAUGAUUCACAAAGUGAAAAUACAAUAAAAAGUAGUGAAGAUGGUUUAUUUGUUAAACGUCUUCGAAAUCUUUUUCCAGCAAUUGAAAUUAAAGUUGAACAUGGUCGAAUAUCAGCUGGACAUGAUACAUUACCAUAUGGUUUAUUAGUUCGUUUUAGUACAAUGACAAGUACAUUUACAAGUAUAUCACCAUCAAGAAAUGUAUCACAAAUUGAUUUAAUGACACUUAUUUAUAAUUUAAAAUAUCGAAAUCUUCGUAUUCAACUUUAUCCAAUUCGAGUUUAUAAUGGUCCAUCACGUGAAAUACCACCACCUAUACCAACAUCUAAACCAGCUGAUAGUGGUAUAUUUCAAGUAUUUGAAUGUCUCGAUGGUGAACUUGAAUAUGAACAAGAUGUACCAGGUAAAAUGAUUGAACUAACAGAUAAUAGUGAACCAUUACCUGAAUUAACAUGGGAAUUUCGAAUAAAAUGUAAUAAAGAAGCUAAAAUUGCAUAUGGACCAUGGGCUGAUAGACAAAGAGAAGUAUUAUGGCAAUAUUUUUUUCCAACAUUAUUUGAAGAUUGUCCAGUAACACCUGAACCAUUAGUAGGACAAACAAGAAUAUUUAAAACUGUACGUUUUAAAUUAUGGCUUUAUUGUCCAACUAUAAUAGAUCUUUAUUUUAUGUCUAAAAUGACACUUCAUAAACUGCAUGCUGAAAUACCUAAUCAAGGUUCAUAUUUUGAUGCAUCAUUUCCAUUUUCAACAAAUCCAGAUGGUUUUGAUACAAAUAUAUCUAUGAAUAUUAAACAACCAAUUGUUCAUACUAAUCUUUCAUUUACACAAUUAUUUAAAGCCGAUGAAAUUGAUCCAAUAAUUCCAUCACCAUCAACAAACAUUCCACCUCCUACAACUUCUUCAAUCGUUCCACAAUCAUCUAGUUCAUCAUCAAGUAGUAUAUUUGAUGGAUCAAUUGAUCAUGUAUGGAUAUCAUUUCCUGAACCUCCACAUCAUACACAUUCAACAUCAAAUUCUUCGAAACGACCACGUAUAAAUACAACAAGUAAUAUUCAACAAAUUCCAACACCAAAAAAAUUAUUUUCUUAUACACGUUAUGAUUGGAAUUUUCUUUCAACAUUAUCUCCAACUGUUCUUGGUUGGUUUUGUGUUAUAAAUCGUAUACAAGAACCAAUAGAAAAUUUUCUUCGUAAACGUGAAAAACGUAUUGAUGCUAUAUUAGCUUUUUUUCUUAUUGAAAUAACACCAUCAUCAACAUUAUUACAAAGUAAAUUAUAUGAAUUAUUUACACCAAAAACAAAAUAUCUUCUUGCAUAUCCUGUUUGUCAACUUGUUAGUGAAUUUCGAAAAAAUUUUAAUAAAAAUACACAAAUUAAUAUUAAUUUACAAGCAAAUAUUAUUCCUGAAUUACAAAUACUUAAACAAGGUAUACGUGAAUCAUGUCGAGGUUGGGCACAAACAAUAAAACAACAACCACAUAAAACUAUAGUUCAACCACCAUCAUCAACAAUAACAACAUCACCUAUUAAUAGUUUAUUACCAACAAAUAGUAAUGAUCAAGAACAACCACCAGCUGUUGUACGUGCUCCAACAAUGGUUGAUCGUGUUCAACGUUUAAUUGGACAUGAAUUUGUUCGAACUCAUCCACGUCAUUCAUUAAUAACAUCAAAUAAACAACAAGAUGCUAUAGAUAAUAUAAUGAUGAAUGGUUCAAAUGUUCGACGACGUAUGACAAUACAAAAUCCACGAUCAAAUAUAAAUAAUAAAGAUGCAAUUAUUGAAAUGGAUCAUGAUCAUAAUGAACCAUCAUCAUCAAGUCGUGAACAUCGACGUGCAUCAAGUUUUCUGGGUGAUGCUAUGCGACGUUUUGAACCAACAGCUAAUGUUAAUAAUACAAAUGGUUAUAAACGUUUAAGUAUUGGUCUUGAUGAAUCUGAUUUUGAAUGUAAUACAAAUAAUAUACGAUUAAAUGAUAAUAAUCAUGAUGAUUUAUAUAAUGAAACAACUUAUUAUACAGAUGUUGGACCUGAAUUUGUUGGACCAGUUGAACAAUUAUUUAAAAUUUUACUUGAAUAUGCUGGUGUAGAAUUAUCAGUAACAUCAUCAAUUGAACCAUUAUUUAAAAAAUUAGGUCAAAAAGUUCUUGCAUCAGCACAAAUAAAACGAUUUGAUGUUAAAAUUUUACCAAAUGAACCAACAACAAAUGAAAUACAAACAUUAAUAAAUAAUUCACCAUCAUCUCUAUCAACAGUACAAUUUCGUUUACCACAUAUACGUUCAUCAAUAUUAAAUACAUCAAAUGAAUUAUCUAUACUUUCAGUAACAAAUUUAAAUAUUCAAAGUGUUUUUCGACAAUCUCUUGAACAUGAUCAAUUACAUUCAGCUAAUGUUCAAGCUGGUAUACGUGUUCAACGUGUACAACAAGAAGUUAAUUUAUCAUUUAUACGUCUUGUUUAUCAAUUUUAUACUGUUGUUGAUAAUGCACUUGAAUAUACAGGUAUUGAUGAAAUAACAAAAUCAGAUACAAAUCCAAUUCAACAACAACAGCAAAAUGAAUUAAUUAAUAAUUCUGUACGAAAAAAUACAAUAAAUAAUUAUCCUGAAAGUGGUCUAGAAAGUCUUGUUUUAAAAAAUAUUCAACAAAAUAUUCUUCAUGUUAAAUCACAUCAUGAUGAUGAAGAUUUAAAUAAUCCUGAAAGACAAUGUUGGAAAAAAUUACGUGAACUUGUUGCAAUUUAUGGUACGUUACCUGAAAUUAAACAAGUACAACCACCAAUAUCAACAACAUCAAGAAAACAACAACGUAGUGGUUCACAACCACCAAAUGACAAUUUACCACAACAAAAUACAAAUACAUCAUUUAAAUAUUUACAAAAUCAAACACGUAAUCUACAAACAAAUUUAGCAAGUGAUACAAUUUUACUUUCAUCAUUUGGUUGGUUAAUUAUUGAUGAAAUUUAUUAUGCAGCAUCAUUAGGUGGUCUAAAAGUUGAUGGUUGUAUGGGAAAAGUUCAAGGUAGUGUUAGUUUAUCACAAAGACUUCGAGCUUUACCAUCAACAACUCGUAAUCAAAAUACGAAAAAGUAA